AGCGCGGCGGCGAGGAGGGGCCGGGUCGGGCCGGGCCUGCGCGCCGGCGGCUCGGCUGGGCGGCGGGCCGGGAGCCCCUCCUGGGAGCACGGGCAGAGCGCGGCCCCGGGCGGCAGGUUCUCUCAUCACCAUGAGCUGACUGCAUAAAGGGGCUGUAGCCUACCUGGUCAGUGGAUGUUAAGUCUCCCACCUGAAGGGAGGUCACUUGGUUCCUUUCUGCCACUUAGCAUUGUGGUUGGUGAACGUAUUUGCCUCACCAUCUGGAAGGUAAUGGUGUGCCAAGGACAGAUGUGAAGCAGCUCCUUCCCUGCACAUUGAUGUGGUAUCUUCUUAAGACAUUGCACUGCCUCGGGCCCACUGGCAGCACAGGGCAUGGAGGCUCUUGAGGUUGAUGACAUUAGCCCUGCCUUGGAAGUGACUGAAGACUUUUUCAAUAGUUUUGAUACUAAGGUUGAAAAGAUUGUGCAGCCCUCUGAGGUGUACAGAGUACAGGAAGUCCCUGAGCUGGUUGGGCGUGAGGUAUUUGGGCAGAUAACAGAGAGCAGGAACCUGAGGAACGUUGCCUCCUUUGCCAAAAGCAGCCUCCUCUGGGAUCACUGCAAGAAUGGCCUCUUGGAAACCAAAGCUCAGACAGCAUUCCCUGCCAAAGAUCAGCGUGUGGUGCAGAGGGGAACAGCUGCUGACAGCCUGGCCUGGGCAGGGGAAGGGCAGACUGCUGCUUUUAACAUCUUCAGUAUCUGCCAGCGGAGGAGAGACAGGCCUCGCUCCGUGAGUGACAUCCUGGUGCACAAUGAGGAGGCCUCCACCUUCAAGCCAGGACACAACAGGUCACGGUCUGACAUCAGCCAUGUCAACUGGGGGGUGGUCUACACAGGCACCUCCCUGCAGCAGCCACCUGCACCUGGUGGGGACAGUAACUACGCCCUGCUCUCUUACCUGGCCUUAGCCAAGGGAGAGGACAUCCAAGGAAACACAGAACACAAGCCAAUGUUCCCAAAUAUUCUGAAGAAGGGAUACUUAGAAGUUAGAAGAAACAAUGACAGCUACUGGCAAACCUGUUACGCUGAGCUCUCCCCAUACAAACUGUAUCUGUAUUGCUUGGACAGCAGUGGCAACCAGGCUCUUCCCAGUGUGUAUCCACUUGUGCACUUCCAAAGGGUCACUGUUAGUGGUUGCAUUGAAACCAAGGUGGUGGACACUGUCCUGUCAGACAACUCACAGCUACAGCUGAAGGCAGAGUCCUCAUGGGAGGCUUUGGACUGGGGACAGAAACUCUGGGAAGCGGUGCGAGCUGCUGUGCCUGCUUUCACAAGGCAGCAGGAGAAACUGGAGAAUGUGCCAAAGCCUGAAAAUAACAGUGACCUUUCACAAACCAAUGGAUUGUUAGAGAAGCCUAUGGAGCUCUUCCUAUCCAUGAAUUUGACUGAGAACACUAAAGAGUACCAAAAUAUUCUCAAAUCAGGGACUCUUUAUAGGUUAACUGUCCAGAAUAACUGGAAGGCAUUUACUUUUGUCUUGAACAGGUCUUAUCUCAUGGCAUUCCAACCGGGUAGGCUUGAUGAAGAUCCUCUGCUGAGCUACAAUGUGGACGUGUGCCUGUCUGUCCAGACAGAUACUCAGGAUGGCUGUGACUCUUGCUUUCAGGUAAUUUUUCCUCAAGAUGUCCUCCGUCUGCGUGCAGAGACCCGCCAGAGGGCCCAGGAGUGGAUGGAGGCCCUGACAGCAGCAGCCAAUGCUACUAGAAGUUUAACUCAGAACCCCCAAGUCACACUUAGGAACAAACCUGGAAAUCGGCCCCUUGGAAACGAUCUUAGAAAGAGCAAGCGGCAGUCUGUGACCACCAGCUUCCUGAGCAUCCUCACCACACUGUCUCUGGAGAGAGGGCUCACAGUUCAGAGCUUCAAGUGUGCAGGCUGUCAGUGCUCCAUAGGUCUGUCCCACGGGAAAGCCAAGGUGUGCAGCUACAGUGGGUGGUACUACUGCAGCUCCUGCCAUGUGGAUGACAGCUUCCUCAUCCCUGCACGGCUGGUCCAUAACUGGGACACUUCCAAGUACAAGGUGUCCAAGCAAGCCAAAGAGUUCCUGGAAUAUGUUUAUGAGGAGCCACUGAUUGACAUCCAGCAGGAGAACCCCAUGCUGUACAAGCAUGCUGAGCCCCUGGCAGCAGUUGUGCGCCUGAGGCAGCAGCUGAAGUCUCUGCGAGCCUAUCUGUUCAGCUGCAGAGCUGCAGUGGCUGAAGAUCUGCGCAGGAGGAUCUUUCCCAGAGAGUAUCUUCUCCAGCAAAUCCAUCUGUACUCUCUCGCAGACCUUCAGCAGGUGAUUGAAGGAAAGCUGGCUCCUUUCUUGGGGAAGGUGAUCAAGUUUGCCACCUCUCACGUGUACAGCUGCAGCCUUUGUAGUCAAAAGGGUUUCAUCUGUGAGAUUUGCAACAAUGGAGAAAUCCUUUACCCCUUCGAGGACGUUGCUACAAGCAGGUGUGAAAGCUGUGGUGCUGUCUUCCACUCUGAGUGCAAAGUGAAGGCUGUGCCAUGCCCCAGGUGUGUGCGUAAAGAACUGCAGAAGAAGCAGAAAUCCUUCUGGAGGCGACUGAAUAUGGAUGAAAACUUCGAAGAGUCUUGCAACAUGUUUGAGUUGUCAUAUCAGAACACAUGAGUUCCUCCAGGCAGUGGCCAGCCUGAAGAAAAUCAAUCCCUUUCCCAGCUGCCAGCUCAAGCAACUUCUCAGCUUAGCCAGGCAGAAAUCUUUCUGCAGAAUAAUAUCUGACCUUCUUUUGUGAAUAGCAGCUGCCAAAGUGGCAUAAAGCCUAAUUGGCUUUGAAAUACCAAUGGCUAAACUGCAUUUUGCAUUGAAGUCCAGCCUCCAGCUCUUGCAGAAAAUGUCAUUUACUUGAAAUAUAUUCGGUCUAGCGAAUUAAGUACCCAGCUUUCUCUUUUCCUCCUCUGGAGAAGAUUUUUCCUCUAGGCAGAAAAUAUUUGCUGCCAUGACCAUGUUAUUUUUUAUGUUGUUCAUUUAGAAUUGAUGCAUCAUCUACUUAUUUAUGUGUAUUAUUUAUUUAUUAUUAGCCUUGGCAGAGGUUCUGGUGAGGUGUUUCACAGAACCAAAUCGGGCAGGAGUGAUUUGAAACUUACCUGCUCCUUCUGAUGUGGACAAGUGGUUCCAUUUUGUCAUGUUUCCAGAUGUGCAUUGACAUGUCACUCCUCCCUGAGGGAAGAAAAGUAUCUCCCAUCAAACUUUAUUCGAGGUGCUUGCAAACAAGGUGCAGAGUAAUUCCUUCAGCUGUGUUUAUAACCACACACGGAUAAGCAGGGGACUUACUGCUGUUUUUGUUCUGGCUGGGUACCUCAGUCAAGCUCUGUUCCUGAGGUCCAUUGGGUUUUACAAUGGUUUUUCUUGAUCUGUGCAAGGCCAUGUCCUCAUCUCCAGUAACACAGUGUUGGUUCUGACCCCCUGCUGCUCUCAUUUUUUGAGACAUUGUAAGUGUCGACAUUGGUUUUGGUUUUAUUUUGUGAAGUUUACUGUAAAUGUUUCUCUAAGCUGAACCUGGUAAGUCUGAUAGUUAGGAAAGUGGUCUUGCCCACCUUAAUUAGACAGUACCUCCAAAAUCAUGAAACAUUAGUUUGCUGUGUUCAUGUGCAGUCUGUGUCCUGAGCUGUCUGCAAGCUCUGGGGGAUUUUACUCUUCUGUAGUGACUUCCAUGGCAGAGAGUGAAGCUCAUCAAGGGUCUGCUCCACAUACCUGGAAUGCAGGGAAGUAUCAAACAUGGUAAAUGACAUUUAUUGUGAGAGGGGAAUACACAGUGGGGUUAACUGGGGAGAUGUGUGUCAUUACUGGCAGUAUGUUUGAUUCAUGGCACCUUCAUCUCCACUGAGAUCCUCCUCCCUCCAGGCCACACUCUGAACUCUCUCCAGCCCCUGCAGUAACAUAUAUCAGAUACCUAUGGAAGCAUUCACAUAUAUAUAUAUAUAUAUACACACACACAAUCACAUGCAUAUGUAUUUUUCUUUUCCUCUCACAUAGCUUUGUGAAAAUGCAGAAUACUGAUCUUUGCUUUCUGUAUCACCUGAAGCUGUUGUAUGCAAAGCAGAAGGCAGUCUGGAUCCUUGAAGCACCUUGCUAACUGCUGAAGAAUUUUACAUAAAAGAUCAGGGUCCAUCCUGCUUCCAUGGAAAGGUAGGAUGCUGUAGUGCAUCCCCUCUCACUGGAGUGCAAGUGGCAGCUGCCCUUCCCAGCCUCCUGUCAGCAGCUGAGUCUGAGCCCUCUCAGACCGGAGUGCAACUGCAAUACCCAUGUGUUCAGACACACCUUUAUAUCUGUAUGCUCUAGACAAGCAGUGCCUUUCUUUUCCAGAAGUUUCUUUCCAGAAGUAAGGGUUUUUCCAUGUUCUUGGCAAAGUGGUGUAGGGAUUCCCACAUUUAAUAAACCUGGUGGAUCAUUCACCUUUGUCGUGAAAAUUAACACUUCCCCUCUGCAGGGAUGUUUCUCUCCCAGCUCCCUGUUCUUCAUGUGGAAUGAGCUGCUUCUGGCUGUUGUCCCUAAAGAUACCAUGUUCCUUGCACCCUUCCCAGGUGAGGAUCUCCCUGCAUGCUCACAAAUGCAAACACUGGGGAAUAUUGUGGAAUUAGUCAUGCAAACAGGAACUGCAGCGGUCCUGGCUGAAUAAACAGUACUCUCCUGUGUUUGUCAGCAUGUGUCACUGCAGCAAGCCCUCUGGCACAGCCACCAGCUCCCAAGCUGUCAGAAUCCAGCAGGUACUACUUUGAAUUAGUUCUAGACAACGUUGGGUCAUUAAAGCAAAGAAGGUGCUGUUUUUCAUGUCAUCAUGCUCUGGUCUUGAAGAUACUUUACAGCACUGCUUUGUGUCCAGCUCAGUUUAGAGAAGAUUGCUUGUGUGAGCUGUAAAAAACUAGUCAAGGAAUCAAGUUCAGACUUUGCAGACUCUUAUCUACUUAUACUCUUAGUUACUUUGUCCUGAUCUCCAAAGUACCUGUUGAGUUCUGGAAUAACAAUGUAGACAGCACUGUAGUCGCUCUGGGUUUGUACAGGUAUGACAGGACAGUUUAUUUUGCCAACAGAGAUUUACAGAGGAAAAAAAAGUCCAAUGUCAGCAAAGUAGCUGGAAUUAGUCAUGGGUCCUACACCACUGCCACUGCAAAGAGCAAAACCAGGUCGUCACCAUGUGCUGGCAGGGCCCAAAGCUUUAUGUAAAAAGAUACUGUUCAGUACAGGUCAGAGUAAUUUCUUUAAAAUCCCACGUUGUUGUAAACAAGCCAGUUAGUUCCUAAAAUGGAUAGGUGUGCAUUUCUGCCAUGGAAUGGCUAAUGCAGCUGCUCAUGGCAACUAUAGGAGCAGAUGUGACACGAAGAUGCUUUCCUCUCAGGGAUACCUAGCUCCUAUCCAAAACAAGUUGUUCCAUAUGUUUAGGUAAGGUAAAAUCUGCUGUCACUGUCACUCCUAAACAGAAUGAAAGGCCAGAUCCUGCCCCCAGAAGAUGCUGGGGCAGUAGCAACAAAUCUGUUAAUUCUACAGUCUGCAAGACAGAAUGAAGUCAAACUGCUGCUGGCAUUACUAACUCUCAAAAGACCCAACUCGCAGAGCGAAGUUUUCCAGCAAGAGCUGUCUGCUGGCAGGAGAUAGCCUGGCCAUCAGCUGGAAACAGACCUCAGGUCUUUCCAGGUUGCACAGCCUGCUCUCCCCACACCCAGGUGAAAUCACACAGUGAUACUUUUUAGUCUUAUAUUUGACCACUAGCAUUUCAGUGUGAAUGGAGAAUGAAACGUGUUGUUGGUCUCCUUCUCACAGAAGGCAUUUUCAUAGCUGAUGAUGGAGGAAUUGAUCUGUACAUCCAGUUACUGCUUUUCCUUGUACAGAACUUGUAAUCAGUGUAGAAGUAGGGUGUUUCACUGCUACAGACUAUAGCCUGACUCUGCACUACUACUUAGAAACUUCUCGUGUUAGUUACUCUGAGAUUAUUUCAAUCUAUGGCACUGUAGAGAUCCUUAGCCAAGUCACUUUUCCUCUUUACCCUGACCCUCUAGCUUUCCUUUAAUGGGGAGAAGGACCUACCCAGGGCAUGAGAACCACAGCUUUUUUAUAUAUAUAGUAACCUAUAAAAAGAGAAAUUUGGAUCUCUGAUGGACAGAUCUUUCUAUUGCUUUUCUUGGUCUGUCUUGGGUGAUGAAAAAUGAGGGCUUUGUGAUGUGACACAAUAUCCUGUCUGUCACAUACCAAUAUGAGCUCAUUGCUGGGAUGACAGGAAUUGCUGUUCUGAGGGUUUCCUGGGUAAGUGAGAGAAGAUGCUUCUUGGUGAGGAGCCUGAGUUUUUCACAAUACUCCACAGGAUGGGAUGGCCCUGUUAGGAGUGAAUCAUCAGGGUACCUCUAGAGUUCCUCUCGCCAAGGCUCCUCUUCAUGUCAGGAAUCUCUGUGUCUAUUAUAAUGCAUUGAUGCUAAUGUCCUGAAAGACUUAAAAAGCAAAAAAAAAAAAACCCAACAAAACAAAACACCAAACCAGAGGAUGACUGUUUACCGUGAAAUGGGGAAGCUGCAUGGUUGUGUUUUGUUAUUUUCCUGUAGCAACAGAAGGCACUGAGUUUCCCAGGCUCCCCAAGGUCACAGCCUGGAUUGCAGACGACUGUUGAUCUCUAUAAAAGAAAUGUAAUCGAAUCAUAAUCCUCUCUUACUCUGCUGCUCAGCUGCAAGCCAGUCCCCACUCUCUUUCCCUCUCCCUGUCCCUGUCAUUGCUCACAGAGCUGAGCCCACAGCUUGCCUUUGAGCUUCAUAGCUCAUUGUGCUGCGUUGGCACCAGUCAAGUCUCAUCAUCCUCUCCUUGGUAAUUUGCCUUCCAGUUCUCCCUUUCCAGUAGGAGUGCCUUACAGUACUGUAUAGUAGUGUCUAUUUCCCUGUGUUGGAUUUCCUGAUGGAAUCUGCUGUUUGAUCACCUUGUAGGCUGAAACCCCCCUCUCCUCUGGCUGUGCUUGCUCCUUUGCUGGGGCAGCUGAGCCCAUCAGCUUGCUUGUUCUACCCGCAUGCAGCCAGCUCUGCAGGCUGCAGGUACCAGCCCCAAAGACACCAAGCUGCAUGGAAACCCCUCACUUUUUUGCUCGAUUUGGUGCCUUAAAUUUUAAAAAGUGAAGAAUUCUGUCUGGAAUGCUCUGCCAUGGCGUGGGUUUGGCAUAGGAGAUUGAAACCCUUGCUCGUGACAGUUUCCAUCUUGCUGGUGGUGGUGACCACAACAUUUUCUUAUUUUUUGUGCUUUGGGAGGGGAAUAGGAGAAAGGAUAGCAUGGAGAUGGUGUUGGGCUUUGUUACCUAUAUUUUAAAGAUGACUUGGGCUUCUCUUCAUCCUUCUUUACUUGAAAAAACCCUGGAGUGCAUGUACUGGCUUGGGUCAGAUCUUAAAAUGCAAAUUUUGUCCAAAUUCCUCACGGUGGCUGUUAAUGCAGAUCACCAGAAUGCCACUGUGGGCAUCAUCCACAGAGAGAUCCAGUCCUGGAAAGCUCUCAGGUGCCCAGGACCAAAGUUUAUUGGGCCUCAUCUGUGUGUUGGUGGCUCAGUUAUUUAUCUGUGUCUAACCCACACAUUCAGCUAACAAAAAUCCUCCAGUGCACAGCGGUGUGUGGUGGGGAAGAGGAUUUGUUUUAGUUUUGCUUAAGCACUUGCCUACAAAGUGUGUUUCCAGGGUGGUUUGUCAUGGCAUUGGUACCUGUGGUACCAGCUUAGCUCAUGCCAGGACCUUCUGUCCUUGAGCUAAGCAAAAGGAAGAAUUCAUGAGCAAAAUGCAUGUCUGAAGGGUUUAAAGCUUUCAAAUCACCUUUAGUUUAGUGGAGGCAGUCAGAGCAGGGGCAGGGCAGUGGCUGGUGCUAGGGCUGUCCCUCUCACCAGAGGAACCAUACACCUUGCCCUGGGCUUCAGCAUCACUGGCAGCAGGCAGGAGUUUUUGGAAAACUCUGACAUGUGUGUGCUACUCCGUUGGCAACAUCCUUAUGUGUGUUUCAUUGUUCUGUGGUUUGUAUUGUGGUUUGGUUUCUGUUUUUACUGUUGACAAGGAUAUUUUUUAAAUUAUCUGCAAGUGCUAGGCAAUAGUCUUAAUUUAUUAUUGCUGUGUAAUAAUGUUAUAAUUUAAAUGCAGUGAGUUGAAUUGCUUGUUGACACUUGAGCAGGGUCUGUUUGGGUUCACUUAAGACAGCAUCAGAGCACCAGUCCCUCGUGUAUAAAGGCAACUCUCAAUAAACA